AUGACCACGAGAGUUGUACAUGGGGCAACUACAAGCAGUGUUGUUGCAGUUGAUAACCAAAGGCUGGAAAAUAAGCUCACUGAAUUAACUUUCUUGGUGAGGCAAAUGGCCAUGGGCCAGGCAGUGCCACAGAUCCAGCAAACAUGUGCUGUAGGAGACAUCACAAUCUUCUCAUUUGGUAGAAGGCAUACACCCUCCUUAUCAGAGCACCACCAACAACAGUCUCAGAAGCAGUGUAAUCCUUUCUCCCCUAUAUAUAAUCCAGAGUGGAGAAAUUAUCCCAAUCUAAGGUAUGGUCCAGGGCCAACACCACAACAGCAGCAGAAGUAUACUUAUCACCAGCAACAGCAGCCUGCACAUCCUCAAUACCAACAGCUACAACAAGGGUCUGGAGCACUUCCUUCUCAGCCUGUGGUUAAUCCUAAAGGUAAUGUGAGUACUAUUACUCUGAGAAGUGGCAAGGAACUGACCAAUUAUUUAGUGCAAACCAAAAUAGUUUUUGAUAAAUGUGUGAAGUCCAGUGAAGGUAGUGGAAGUGAAGAGGGAGUCCUAGACAAUUCUAUGCAGCAGCAGCAGAUUCCCCUUCCUUUUCCAUCCAGAGCUUCUAAAUCAAAAAGAAUUCCUCGGUAUGCAAAAUUCUUGAAGGAGCUUUGUACUUAUAAGAGGAAUUUGAAAAAGAGGAAAGUCCAGACAGUUUCAUCCUUGUCUCGGUCUAGCCUUCCACAGAAAUGUGGUGAUCCAAGAACAUUCUCCAUUCCUUGCACAAUUGGAGAAUCCUCUUUUGCUAGUGCUUUGCUAGAUCUGGGAGCUUCUAUCAAUGUCAUGUCAUCAGCUGUGUAUACAAUGUUGCAUUUGGGAGACUUGAAACCAACCAAUGUGAUCAUUCAAUUAGCAAACUGA